AUGCAAAAUAUUGGCCAACACAAAUAUCAUUAUUAUUUUGAUUGUCUUCCAGAAGGGGAGGAGGAACAAUUACAACAGCAACAGACAUCAAAUUAUUAUAUGGGAGAAAACAGAAUUAAUUAUGGAUAUGAAUGGAAUGAAACAAAUAUUAAUUCAACUCCUCCGAUCUUUACUUUAAAAUUUUUGCCCUCCUCAUCGUUUAAUAUUUUUGGAGAAGGAGGAGAAGGAAAUUUUAAAACAUGGAGUGGUGGUGCGGGUGUUUCUGUAAAUAAUAAUGAAUUGGCAACAAUUAAAAAUUCAAAUGAAAAUUCUGAUUUACGUAAAAUUGGCAGAUUUGUAUUGCAAAAAUCAGAAGAUGAACAAUCCCAACCAAUAAUUAAAGAAAAUAAAAAUAACAGUGGAAGGGAAUUAAUUAAUAAUUUAAUAAAUAACAACAUAAAAGAGCGGUCAAAAUAUUUUGAUGACAUUAUGUCCCAACAAAAAAGCCUUACAAUUUUUCAGCAAUAUGCUAGGUUCCACAAUCAAUUUGGAAUAAGACAUGUUUUGUUAAUUUUAUUAUUAGUGCUGUAUGCAAUUUUUGGUGGUAUAAUGUUUCAGGCAAUAGAGCGUGAUAAUGAAAUUGAAAAUGUCCAUACAACAACAAAAAUAAUUGAUAAAUUAAUUAUUAAAAUUAAAAAUAAUAUUUCGAUGAUUUUCUUUAUACAACCAACUUCAAGACAAUCAGAAAAAAUUAAUGAAAUUAUUGUUGAUGGAUAUACUGAAAUGUUGAAGAUUGAAGGAAGAUAUAUUGGUUCAGUAUUUCACAAGUACGAGACUUUGGCACUUAAUAAUGUUUUAAAUUGGUAUUUUGGGUCUUCUGUAUUUUACGCUAUGACACUUUUUACAACUAUAGGUUAUGGAACAAUUGCCUGUCAAACAGCUCUUGGAAAAUUUGCUUCUAUCGUUUAUGCUCUGUUUGGCAUUCCAAUGAUGUUAAUGGUACUUGGGGAUGUUGGGCAAUUAAUACUUGGAUUUCUUUUGUAUUGCCGUAAAAGUGUUAGAGAAUAUUAUCGUCGUUGGUUACUGCGCGCCUAUGUUUCUGAUAUUAUUAUUGAAGAAGAUAUUGAAUCAAAAAUUGUCGAAAAAAAUAAAUUAGAAGGGGAAGGGGAGGAAGAAGAAGAAUUGUCUCUUUCAUUAUUACUACCCAUUGUUGCAAUUUAUAUUUUAUUUGUUUCAACUAUAGUUUCUCUUCUAGAUUGGAGUAAGGAUGGAAAAUUGUUAAUUGGAGGUUUAGGUUUUGGAGAUGCUUUUUAUUUUUCCUUCCUUUCUCUAGCUACCAUAGGCUUGGGUGAUGUUAUGCCUUAUAAUUUGCAGUAUACUCCCUUAUUGGCCUUUCUUUUUCUUGCAGGACUUGCUCUAUUAAGUCUAGUUAACUCUACUAUUUAUGUUCGCCUUCAAAACCGUUUUCUUGCAAUAAUGGAUUGUUUGGAAGAUUUUCUCGAUAAAAUUCAAUAUAACAACCAAAAAUCGUUGGAAGGAUAUUUUACAUUUAUAUCACUCGCUCCGACCCUUCCUUUAAAUUUUUUACAAGAUGAAAAACAACAAAAUAAUCUGAAUAAUACAACAAAUCAAAGACAUAAACGUUGUCGUUCAAAGUCAAUGAAUGCGGUUGGGGAUAGAAGGAUGAAAGAAUAUAAUCAAAGAGAAAGUCAUCAAUCAACAAUAACUACAGCUUCAAAUUUUCGUCCAACAUUGGGGGUAAUGACUGCAGCAACAACUUCCCCACGUAUUUCAAGACAGUCAACAUUUAAUGUGGGGGGAACAACAGAAUUUAAUAAUUUUAAGAGAAGAAGAAUGUCAAAAGAUGGGGGACAGCUUUUAUUAAAUAGAGCACCCGGGGGUGAGAAAAAUUUUUUUAGAAAUUCCAGAAAAAUUUAUUAA